GCGUGUUUUACACAAGCCAUCUUGCCGUUGACUUCACACAGCUCCUGAACCAAAGGGGCUAAUAUGUCGAUGGAGGAUCCUUUUUUCGUGGUUAAAGGGGAGGUGCAGAAGGCCCUGUCCAAAGCACAGGGGCUGUUCGAGCGCUGGGAGGAACUGCUGCAGGAAGAGGCCCCCGUCAGCCGCGAUGAGCUGGACUGGAGCACCAAUGAACUCCGAAACUGCCUGAGGGCCAUCGACUGGGACCUAGAGGACCUGCAUGAAACCAUCAGUAUUGUGGAGGCAAACCCUGGAAAGUUCCGUUUAGGAGAACCUGAACUCCAGGAAAGGCAGGAAUUUGUGGAACGAACUCGUAAAUCCGUGCAGCUGAUGAAGGAGCAGCUCUCUAGUCCCUCAGCUGUGGCUCAAGCAGAGAAGAAAAACAAACAGGCUCUGCUGGGGGCCACGGCAAAGGAUCGUUACGCCGGUCUGGAGCCUCACCUGGUGUCUGCAAACUCCAGAUACAUUCAGGAGCAACAGGAACAGCAGCAGCUGAUCAUGCAUGGCCAGGAUGAGCAGUUGGAACUGGUCACAGGCAGCAUCCGUGUGCUGAAGGACAUGUCCAGCAGGAUAGGAGACGAGCUGGAUGAACAGGCAGUUAUACUCAGUGAGUUUAAUGAGGAAAUGGACCAGACCAGUUCCAGAAUGGACUCAGUACUGAAGAAAAUGGAGAAGGUUUCACACAUGACCAGCAGUCGGAGACAGUGGUGCGCUAUUGGAGUUCUUGUAAUCAUACUGAUCGUGGUGCUCAUUCUGUUACUCGCUCUUUAAACCAGACUCUUCUUCAGUUUGGCCCUCCAUCAUGCCAAAAGCUUACAGAGGAAGUCAGAAUUUCACUGUGAUUCUUCCACUUCAGCUUCCGUCAUCUUUGUGAGAAAGAGUUCAGUUAUUUUUUUAUAGUCUUUUUGCCUUCAUCUAACCCAUAUGUCUCCUGAAUCUCAGCUCUCGCUCUCACUACUUUUGGAUUAAGGUCUAUUCCAGAAUUUGACUGGUGCUGAGAUGGAAGUUAACAGUUAUUGCAUUUCUUAUGUUUUAUUGUGGUACAAGUGUGGAAUGAGGAAUUUGAUAUUGCCUUAUUAUAUUUUUAUAUGUUUAAUUAUUAAACCGUACAGUAAUUGUGUACAUUAUAAAUGCCCCUGAAAGAGGUUGACCAAGCACAAUGAGUAAAGCAGGCUCAUAGCGCCCCCCAGAUCUCUAACUGGCAGUACCACCAUCAAACAACCUCUGAUGAUGUGUAAAGUAAAUCUAAAGUAAAUUAUGGCAAGAAAUUUAGGAUUAUUUAAAUUAUGUUUUUAAAGCAAAGUCACACCUUGAGGGUAACAUAGGCAUUGUACACCAUUUGCUCUUCCUUUAUGGAUAAAUCUAACAUUUUAUUGCAUCAUUUGGGUAAGCUUAUGGAUGAUUGCUUACAGAAAAAAUCAUCUGCACUUUUUAUGAAUCUUCAUGGAUGUGCUGUGCGUACAGUAAGCACUUGGGUUUCCUAUAUUUUAACAUGAUUUUAUGCAUUGCUUUUGAGAUUACUGUAUAUUGAACUGUAAAGUUCAGUAGAGACACAUCUGACAUAUAGACAGUUGAUGGUGUGGGUUAUGCCUUCACUGCAUGCCACAGUGAUAUUUCAUACUCAUUACUCCAAUACAUAUAUAAUACAUGUCAUUUUAAUAUUUUUAAAGGAAAUUGCUCUUUUUAAUUGCAGUCCAAAAUCAGCAAGAUGCAUGUUCUGAAAGUCAGCUAAUAACUGAGCUGAUUAGACCCCACAGUUAGGAUCGUUACUUGAUAUUUCUAUUCCUGAACUUGAGCUCAGAUCUAAUAUUGUGCUCAUCUGUGGGUGUGCUAAUGAACAUUUUGUACUCAAAUCCUCCGUGCCAAUGAGUUGCUUCCAGUGUGCCCUCUGAUCUGGGUGUAACACUACGUGCCUGAGGGUGAAUGUAUUAUGCUCAAUAUAAAUGUGUCCCUCUUUCAAGCUUCAGCUGAAUAUGACAUUUCAGUAUUGCUUUGUCUAUUUUAAUUUUGUAAUAUGAUAUAAAUAAACCCGUAAAUAGCUGAAAGUCAGAUUCAACGCCAAGCAUAAGAUUUUUGAAAAAUGCAAGCCUUAAAAAAUGCCAAUACUCACUGUUGCUCAAAAUGUGGAACAAAGUACUAAAACGUAAUACCUCUUAUAUGCCCAUUUAGGGAAAUUUGGUACGUAUUUGAUUUUCUUUUACUUGCAAAGUAAUGUCUUUCAGUGCUGCCUACAUAAAUGAUU